AUGCCGCGCACGCCGGCCUCCAGCGAGGAGGAGGAGGGCCGGGCCUCGGAGGGGCCCGAGGGCGACUCGGAUUCGGGCAGCUCCCGCGAGGGCCCCCCCGGUUCUAACCCCGGGCCCCCCCCCCCCGCGCCGGCCCCCCGCGGCCCCCCGGCCCCCGACGACGGCCACUUCAGCAUGAUGGUCUUCCGCAUCGGCAUCCCCGACCUGCACCAGACGAAGUGCCUGCGCUUCGAACCCCGGCGCGGCGUGUGGGCGGCCAAGCAGCAGGUGCUCUGCACCCUCACCGAGGGCCUCCAGGACGUCCUCAACUACGGCCUCUUCCAGCCGGCCGCCGCCGGCCGCGACGCCAAGUUCCUCGACGAGGAGCGGCCCCUGCGCGACUACCCGCAGAGCUUCGACCAGGGCGUGCCCUACCUCGAGUUCAGGUACAAGACCCGGGUCUACAAACAGACCAACCUGGACGAGAAGCAACUGGCCAAGCUCCACACCAAGACGGGGCUGCGCAAGUUCCUGGACUACGUGCAGCACGGCUCCGCCGAGAAGGUGGCGCGGCUGCUCGACCGCGGCCUCGACCCCAACUACCACGACUCCGACUCCGGCGAGACGCCGCUGACGCUGGCGGCGCAGCGCGACGGCCCCGGCGAGGUGGAGAUCAUCCGGCUGCUGUGCCUGGGGGGGGCCCACCUGGACUUCCGCGCCCGCGACGGUGCCACCGCCCUGCACCGCGCCGUCUGCACCCGCCGCUACGCCGCCCUCCUGGCGCUGCUGGACCUCGGGGGCUCCCCGAAUUACAAGGACCGCCGGGGCCUGACCCCCCUCUACCACACGGCCAUGGUGGGGGGCGACCCGCGGUGCUGCGAGCUGCUGCUCUACAACCGGGCGCACAUCGGCACCGUGGACGAGAACGGCUGGCAGGAGAUCCACCAGGCGUGCCAGCACGGCCACUCGCAGCACCUCGAGCACCUGCUCUUCUACGGGGCCGAGCCGGCGGCGCAGAACGCCUCGGGCAACACGGCGCUGCACAUCUGCGCCCUCUACAACAAGGAGAGCUGUGCCCGGAUCCUGCUCUACCGCGGGGCCAACAAGGAGGUGAAGAACAACAGCGGACAGACGCCCUUCCAGGUCGCCGUCAUCGCGGGGAACUUCGAGCUGGGGGAGCUGAUCAAGAACCACCGCGACUCGGACGUGGUGCCGUUCCAGGAGAGCCCCCAGUUCGCGGGGCGGCGCCGCGAGGGGCCCCGGGGGCUGCCGCUGCCGCGGGGGCUGCUGCGAGCCAACAGCGACGCGGGGCCGGGGGCCGAGAGGGGCCCGCGUGGCCCCCCCGGCGCCCCGCCGGCGCCCCGUGGCCCCCCCGGCACCCUGCGCAGCGCCAGCAGCCCCCGGGGCGCCCGCGCCCGCUCGCCUUCCCGGCCCCGGCACCCCGAUGACUCCCGGCCCCGGCAACCUCGCGGGCGCCCAAGGUACUCGCCGCCCGGACGCCUGGGCCCCUCCGGUGGCUUCGCCCGGGAGCCGGGACCCGGCGGGACCCUCAACAGCCGCGGGGUGAAGCGGAAGCUCUACUCGGCCGUGCCCGGCCGCACCUUCAUGGCCGUGAAGCCCUACCAGGCCCAGGGUGAUGGCGAGCUCUCGCUCAGCAAGGGCGAGAAGAUCAAGGUGCUCAGCGUGGGCGAAGGAGGCUUCUGGGAGGGCCAGGCCAAAGGCCGCAUCGGCUGGUUCCCAUCCGACUGCGUCGAGGAGGUGCCCGCCCGGACCCCUGAUGGCAAGACGGAGAGCCGCAGCGACAAGGCCAAGCGCCUCUUCCGGCACUACACUGUGGGCUCCUACGACAGCUUCGACGCCCCCAGCGACUACAUCAUUAAGGAGAAGACCGUUUUGCUGCAGAAGAAGGACAACGAGGGCUUCGGCUUCGUCCUCCGUGGGGCCAAGGCACAGACCCCCAUCGAGGAGUUCACGCCGACGCCGGCCUUCCCGGCCCUGCAGUACCUGGAGUCGGUGGACGAGGGCGGCGUGGCCUGGCGGGCCGGGCUGCGCAUGGGCGACUUCCUCAUCGAGGUGAACGGGCAGAACGUGGUCAAGGUCGGGCACCGGCAGGUCGUUAACAUGAUCCGUCAGGGGGGCAACAGCCUCGUCGUCAAGGUCGUCAUGGUGACGCGACACCCCGAGGCCCCGGAGGGCCCCCGCCGCCGGGCGGCCCCCCAGCAGCCCAAGCGCCUGCCGGCUCCGGCCAUCUCACUGCGCUCCAAGUCCAUGACGUCGGAGCUGGAGGAGAUGGUCUCGCCCUGGAAGAAGCGCAGCGAGUUCGAGCCGGCCUCGGCCACCGAGAAGAAGCGGACGGUCUAUCAGCUGGCGCUGAACAAGCUGGACGAGAUCCUGGCGGCGGCGCAGCAGAGCAUCGGGGCGGGCGAGGGGCCGGGGGCCGCCCCGCUGCCCCCCCUGGGCAAGGCCCGGCCCAGGGGCUACUUCAGCCCCGAGGCGACCUUCGAGGGGCACCGCCUGGGGCCGGGGGGCUACGAGCGGCCGUUCCUGCCCCCCCCCGGCCCCCCCACGGCCUCAUGCCUGCCGGACCCCAUGGGAGUGUGUGUUGGUGUAAAGGGGGAGGCUGCCCUGCCCGGACGCCUGGGCCCCUCGCUGCUCCCGGGACCCCAUGGGAGCUCGGGCGAGGAAGACAAACCUUACCUAACGCCUCCGGGAAGUUCGUCGAAAUUUAGUAGGAGCCUUUCGGUUCCGGGGCCGGAAGAAAUCCCGCCGCCUCCUACGACGUCGCCGCCGGAGCCACCUUACGCCUCCGGUUCCGUCGCCGGCGUAGCCAACAAAAGCGGUUCGCCGUGGCGGAGCGGCGGCGUCGGCACCGCCGCCGAACUGCGUCUCUACAACGUGGCGGCCCGGCCCGGCGCCCUGUACGCCGGCGGCAAAGCGCCGCGCCGCAAAGGCCCCUUGGUGAAGCAGACCAAAGUGGAGGACGGAGCGGGCGACAAGGACAAGAGCUCCAUCGCCAUCCCCACCAUCGUGGUGAAAGCGCCGUCCACCAGCAGCAGCGGCCGCAGCAGCCAGGGCAGCAGCGUGGAGGCCGAAGCGGCGCCCGAAACGGCGCCCGGCGCCAUGACGAUGGCGGCUGCUGUGGGGGGGACGAUGGCGGCGGCGGCGGCAGGUGGCGGCGCGGCCGGGCCCAUGGCGGCCGGGCCUCCUCUCGACUUCACCUCGCAGUUCGGCGCCGCUUUGGUCGGGGCGGCGCGCCGGGAAUGGCCGCCCGAAGGGCGCCGCCGCUCCGCGCUCUUCCUCUCCACCGAAGAGGACGAGGAAGAGGCGGCGGCCGCGGCCCUGCCGCGUCUCCGCCACUCCAAGAGCAUCGACGAGGCCAUGUUUGCCGGCGAGGCCCUGGCGCCUCGCGCCUACGGCGGCUCCUACCGCCCCGCCAAGGCCUCCUCGGGCGGCGGCGGCGGGGCCUUCAGCGCCGUGCCGCCCGCCCCGCCGCCAUCUUGCGCCGCCGCCCCGCCGCCAUCUUGUGUGGCGACGGUGGCGGGGGGGGCGGCCGCCAUCUUGUGUGGUGGCGGCGGCCGGGGGGCGGCCGCCAUCUUGUGUGGUGGUGGCGGCGGCGGGGGGGCGGCCGCCAUCUUCCGGCCCGCUUCGCCUCGCCGCCCCGAAACCGAGGCGGUUUGGACGGCCGCCGGCGAGAAGCGACCCGAGGAGGCCAAGAUGGAGCUGCGGGUGCGUUUCGUGGAGGACGGCGGCGGCGGCGGGAUGGCGGCGACGCCGCCGAUGGCGGCGGCGGCGGCGAUGGCGGCGGCGGACGGGCUGCCCUUGCUGGCGCUGCCGCCGCCGGCUCCCUCAGUGGACGCCGAGGACGAGUUCCUCUUCGCCGAGCCGCUGCCGCCGCCGCUCGAGUUCUCCAACAGCUUCGACAAAGCCGACGGCGGCGUCGCGGUGCCGCCGCCGCCAACCCUCGACUCGACGGCCUCCAGCCUGACGUCGUACGACAGCGAGGUGGCCACGUUGACGCAGGCGGCGGCGGCGGCGGCGGCGGCGGCUCCCCGCGAGCCCCACGUCAACUUCUCCGCCGUGGUGGCCUCCAUCGCCAUCCCGGCCGAGGCGGCCGAAGCCGUCACCGACUCGGGCAUCGAGGAGGUCGACAGCCGCAGCAGCAGCGACCAUCACUUGGAGACCAUCAGCUCCGUGUCGACGCUGUCGCUGUCGAGCGAGGGCGCCGAGCUCCUCGACACCUACGUCUCCUACCUGGACGGGCCGGCGGCGCCUUACGACAAGGCGCCCAAACCUCGCGCCAGGCCCUUCCCGCCGCGCCGAGCCCCGGAGCCGCCCGCCCGCCGUUCGCCCACGUUGCCCUGGGAAGACGCCGCGGCGCCGCCGCCGCCCGCCGUCGCCGUGCCGCCGCCCGCCGUCGCCGCCGUCAAGGCCAGCAUCAUCAGCGAGCUCAGCUCCAAGCUGCAGCACAUCGGCGGAGGAGGAGGAGGAGGAGGAGGAGGAGUGGGGGGACCGUGGCCCCGCGGCCCCGAUGGCGCCGCCGCUGCCGCCGCCGCUUUCCGGGCCCGAGCGACCCGGCUCGCUGCAGCGGCACAG